UUCAAAUUCAAUUCUAACAGUUUCACAACUUCACUUCCUCCUGAUUCUCUCAUGUGAUCUUGGAUCUCUCUCUCUCUCUUCUCUACACUUCUAGAAACCAGAACUUUUAUGGCAUUACUGUGAUAUUUCCAUAAAUCAGCUUCCUUUUCUUCUUCUUGCUUUCGCCGGAGAUUAUGGGAGGCUGUACCUCCAAACCCUCCACCUCCGGCAGACCUAACAACCCUUUCUUUCCCGGAAACGACUAUCCCCAAAUUGACAAUAUUACCCCUACCCAUCUCGAUAAUUCACCACUUCCUACCCCUUCCGCCGCAAAGGCCUCUCCUUUCUUCCCCUUCUACACGCCGAGCCCUGCUCGCCACCGCCGCAAUAAGAGCCGUGACGUCGGCGGCGGAGCAGGAGAGAGCAAGAGCGUGACCAGCACGCCGCUCCGUCACUUACGGCGUGCGUUUCACCCACCGUCUCCGGCGAAACACAUACGGGCGGCGUUACGGCGGAGGAAGGGAAAAAAGGAGGUUCCGCCGCAGCAAGCGACGGAGAUUCCGCCGCAGGAGGAGGAAGAUGAAUUAGGGCUUGACAAAAGAUUUGGUUUUUCGAAGGAGUUUCACAGUAGAGUAGAGUUAGGCGAAGAGAUCGGUCGAGGGCAUUUCGGGUAUACUUGUUCUGCUAAAUUCAAGAAAGGAGAGCUCAAGGGUCAAGUGGUUGCUGUUAAGAUCAUUCCAAAAUCUAAGCUACUCCAUUGUAGUGUAGUUGAUAGAUUAGAAUAUUGGCAGAUGACAACUGCAAUUGCUAUAGAAGAUGUGAGAAGGGAAGUGAAAAUUCUACAGGCUUUAUCUGGACAUAAGAAUCUGGUACAGUUCUACGAUGCAUUUGAGGACAAUGCCAAUGUCUACAUUGCGAUGGAGCUAUGUGAAGGUGGUGAACUACUUGACAGAAUAUUAGCAAGGGGAGGGAAAUACUCAGAGAAUGAUGCAAAACCAGUGAUUACACAAAUCCUAAAUGUUGUAGCUUUCUGUCAUCUCCAAGGAGUUGUUCAUCGAGAUCUUAAACCAGAGAACUUCUUGUACACUUCCAAGGAUGAGAGUUCCCAGCUUAAAGCCAUAGACUUUGGCUUAUCAGAUUUUGUCAGACCAGAUGAAAGACUCAACGAUAUAGUGGGAAGUGCGUACUAUGUAGCACCUGAAGUUCUACACAGAUCAUAUACAACAGAAGCGGAUGUAUGGAGCAUCGGAGUCAUAGCAUACAUUCUACUAUGUGGAAGCCGUCCGUUUUGGGCAAGAACCGAGUCCGGAAUCUUCAGAGCGGUUCUUAAAGCCGACCCGAGUUUCGAUGAAGCUCCUUGGCCCUUCUUGUCCUCUGAAGCUAAAGACUUUGUAAAGAGGUUAUUGUAUAAAGAUCCCCGGAGAAGAAUGUCAGCCUCCCAAGCCUUGAUGCAUCCUUGGAUCCGAGGUUAUAAUACGGACAUGAAUAUCCCGUUUGAUAUUCUGAUCUUCAGGCAGAUAAAGGCCUACUUGCGAUCUUCUUCAUUGCGCAAAGCUGCUCUGAGAGCUCUGUCCAAGACGCUAAUCACUGAUGAAAUUAUUUACUUGAAGACUCAAUUUUCUCUGCUUUCACCAAAUAAAGAUGGCCUCAUCACAUUGGAGAACAUUAGAUUGGCACUUUCACGCAAUGCAACAGAGGCAAUGAAGGAGUCUCGAAUCCCAGAGUUUCUUGCUUUGCUAAACGGGCUUCAAAACAGAGGAAUGGAUUUCGAAGAGUUUUGUGCAGCUGCCAUAAACGUUCAUCAGCAAGAGUCGCUUGAUUGUUGGGAACAGAGCAUUCGUCACGCUUACGAGCUUUUCGACAAGAAUGGAAACAGAGCUAUUGUCAUUGAAGAACUUGCCUCUGAGCUUGGUGUUGGACCAUCAAUAACCGUACAUUCGGUUCUUCAUGAUUGGAUAAGACACACAGAUGGGAAACUGAGCUUCUUCGGGUUUGCUAAACUGUUACAUGGAGUCUCUGUUCGACCCUCGGUGAAAACUACACGGUGAAGAUAAUGAAAUGAAACAAACAUGACAAAGCGAAAGAAAUUGAUAAAAAGAAGGAGGGGGUGUCAUGAACUUUAACUCUGAUUCUUGAAUCAGUGUAGCGAGAGAAGUGUAAAAGGAAUAUAAAGUUUCAUACAAAGAGCAAUUCUAAGGAAAUUGUUGCUAAUAAAAUAGUAACUUCUAACUACAGUCUCUGUGCGGAAUCAAGAGAAAGAAAAAGUGGGGAAUACUUAACCCGACUUCACAUUUUCUUACUUGUAAAAACAUCUGAUUUUGUCGCUUGUCUUCGUUCUCAAAGAUUAUGGAAUGCAUGCUUCGAGAGAGCAUUAUGUUUUAAUUUUUUUUUUUUUUUAUAUUUCC